CAUGAAUACUCGCAACAACAACCGUAAUCGUCAACCAUCCCCGCAGCCUUCUCCGCCCCGGCAACACCAGGCCCCUCCGGCCAUGGACCUUACUCAGCUUAUCGUUCAGUUUCAGCGCAUGAAUGCGCCAACUUUCACGGGGACUGAGAACCCCACAGCAGUGCUUGAGUGGAUGAAGGAGCUGGACAAAAUCUUU